AUGACAGUCUAUAACAAUGAUCUUGUGCAAUUGGCACAGGCCAUCAAAUUGGCUGCUAAGAGCAACAGCAGUAAACUCCUGCGCGCCUGGUUCUAUGUACCAUUAGGUCUUACAGCAAUACUCGCCGCUUGUUUUGGCGUGGACUCUAUAUUUUACAAGUUUAAGGUCGCAUUUCCGGCUUCUGUUACUUGUAUGAUGUUGCUCUUCUGUGCUCUUAUCGCCAGUGAGUCAUUAUUGGGGAGCCACAAGACGAGAAAGCUGGUGAACAUUAUCGAUGUGCCUGCUGGUUGGUCACUUCGAUGGAUGGGUGUUUUCUUCACGCCAUCUUUUGUCCUCCUACCUCUAAGUCCACCCAUUGGAAUCGUCGAGGUCAUGGUCAUCAUUGCAAUUUUCAUCGUUGGGUUUUUCAUAAUGAUGGCUCUGGCUGCCUGGAUCACCCGCAGUCUUCAACUUGCCCUUGGUGCAUCGAGACGCUCCAAGUCGCAGCGCGCAGAAGAACUAGGUCGCCAGACCCCAGAUAUCCCACUAGGCGAGGUAUACUCUCCUGGUAUCUCACGUCGGACGAGCGUGUCUCGGGCUGGUUCGCAAGUCCCUCUGGUGCUCGCAUCUGCGCCGACGUCGGAGCCAGCAUCAGCCGCGCCAUCUCAACCGCCAUCACGCCCUCAAACUCCGCCACAGUUGCGACUUCAAGAGCAUCAUUAUUCAAAUGGAAAUACCCCAGAUAAUGCCGUUGAAGCUCUCAAUCCUGCCACAUUUGUUCCGCAAGUCCCUUUACCACCACCCAAAGCCGAGUUGUGGGCAGCCCGGAUAUCAGCAAACCUCGAUGUAUCGAUAUUCAUAGGAUUGUUUGUCUUUAUCGGCAUCCCGGUCUACUACUCUACUGGCUAUGCCAUGCCCGUUCAUCUAGCUGUAAAUAUUCUUGCUUGGUAUGGUGCCAUGGCCAUUGCUCCCAAAUGGAAAGAAUACCUUCAUCCGGUUCUUGUAUCGUCCCUUGCAACGGUGCUUGUUAUAUGGGCGCUCGCAGCAAUCCGGGACGACAGCUUGACAACAACACUCCACGCAUACCGCACAGGGGCAAAGUACAUAGAACUAUGGCGCAACGCAACACAGAAGCAGAACCUCCUCCCAGGCGCUGGUGAUGUCUUUGGAACUCUGCUGGACGCCAGCAUUGUGGCCCUAGCCUUGCCCAUGUUCCAGUAUCGCCGUGAGCUUCGCACGCAUUUCAUAUCCAUCGUCGUUCCAAACGUUGCUAUCAGUGUUGGUUCAUUGCUCGCAUACCCGCCCUUGUGUUACGCUUGCGGCAUCUCGGCAGCCCGCAGUCUCGCAUUUGCGUCUCGCAGCCUGACGCUCGCGCUCGCUAUCCCCGCGACUGCAAACCUCGACGGUGAUGCCAACACAGCAGCAGCGUUGGCCAUCAUCAGCGGGAUCCUAGGCGCUGUGCUUGGAGCGCGGAUAUUGCGCUGGCUGCGGGUCCCCGAGGAUGAUUAUGUGACCCGUGGAGUGACACUGGGUGUUAACUCAAGCGCCAUCGCAACAUCGGUCCUGUUGCGGACGGAUCCUCGAGCUGCGGCUUUGUCGAGUUUGUCUAUGAGUCUCUUUGGGACAAUCACUGUUUUGUUUACAUCGAUACCACCUGCAGCGACGUUUGUACGAGGACUUGUGGAUGCGUCACUUGCUGAACGCACGGUUGAGCCUGGUGGUCAUUUGGCUCCUCUGGGCCUUUGCCUCGCUGCAAACACCGCACUCGCCGCUGAUUACAUUGCCAGUGACUCGCGAGACAUAUUUGCCGCAUGUAGCGAAGCAGUGCGUAGUUCCCAAGGGCUGUUCGCCUACAUGGCGGCCGCAGGCUUGACAGACGAGAGUGCCAAGGUUGGAGUAGCACAUUCUGGGCUGGGGAUCUUGGGGGAGUAA